AUGAAGCUUCUUGCUCUUGCCUCCCUCCUCUCCGUGGCCGUGGCCGACUGGACCCUGUACUGUGGUUCCUCGAUCCCCAUGUGUUCAAAUAUUGAUAUGACAAAGUGCACCGACGGUACGGAGAUUGCCACCGGUGACGAUGCUAUUCUCACCUGCGCUGAUCUGGGCGCAACGUACGACUACUGCUAUCUUGAGGCCGACGAGACCUACUGGAAGGGCGUCGCGUUUGAGAGCGCCACUUGUGAAGUCAUCCCGGACAAGGCCGGGUAUCUCGAAAGCAACGGCUUCUUCAAUGGCGAGUGCACUUCUGCGGGCACUUGGCAAGGUUAUUACAUUGUGGAGAACUUGUAA